GCGGUCAGGCUACUCGGCUUCGCGAAGGCUCUCGGCGCGCCGCGGCCUUCAGGCACACGGCUCUCGCCCGCCCCGUCACCACGAUGCCCAAGAGGAAGGUCAGCUCCGCCGAGGGGGCGGCGAAGGAGGAGCCCAAGAGGAGAUCGGCGAGGUUGUCAGCUAAACCGGCUCCUGCGAAAGUGGAAACGAAGCCAAAAAAGGCGGCGGGAAAGGAUAAAUCUUCAGACAAAAAAGUGCAAACAAAAGGGAAAAGAGGAGCAAAGGGAAAACAGGCGGAAGUGGCCAACCAGGAGACUAAAGAAGACUUGCCUGCAGAAAAUGGAGAGACUAAAAACGAGGAGAGCCCAGCCUCUGAUGAAGCAGAAGAGAAAGAAGCCAAGUCUGAUUAAUAACCACACACCAAGUCCUGUCAGUGGUCCCUGUUUCCCUUCUUGUACAAUCCAGAGGAAUAUUUUUAUCAACUAUUUUGUAAAUGCAAGUUUUUUAGUAGCUUUAGAAACAUUUUUAAAAAGGAGGGAAUCCCACCUCAUCCCAUUUUUUAAGUGUAAAUGCUUUUUUUUAAGAGGUGAAAUCAUUUGCUGGUGGUUUAUUUUUUG